UGAUUUCGUUAUUUGAUUUUAACAAGAAGGGGCAUAUGUGUGCAGAAUUCAUGGCCUAAUACGAGGUGAGAAUAUGGAGCUAGGACGUGAUUCUGAUACCGGUGGUCAGGUUAAGUAUGUGGUGGAACUAGCGAGGGCAUUGGGGUCUAUGCCAGGAGUUUAUCGGGUUGAUUUGCUAACUAGACAAGUGGCGGCUCCGGAUGUAGACUGGAGUUAUGCGGAGCCAACAGAAAUGUUGACACCAAGAGACGCGGAUGAUUAUGGAGAUGACAUGGGAGAGAGUAGUGGUUCUUAUAUUAUGUCCAAAUCUCUUGGGGAACAGAUUGGCAGCGGGCAUGCUAUCUGACCAGUCGCCAUCCAUGGACAUUAUGCAGAUGCAGGUGACUUUGCUGCUCUUUUAGCUGGCGCCUUAAAUGUUCCUAUGCUUUUUACUGGGCACUCGCUUGGCCGUGAUAAGUUGGAACAACUUCUGAAGCAAGGUCGACUAUCGAGAGAUGAAAUAAAUGCAACUUACUAGAAAUUUAUGGUUUAUUAUGUGUAUUUUUCUGGUUGGUAUAUAUAUAUAUAUAUAUAUA